UCCCACUUUGAUUCUUCUGCAAGAUGAUGGGAUUUGGAACAGUAGACAUACCAAGCUCGUCUUCUUCUUCUUCUUCUCCAUCAUCUUCUUCCAUUCAUAACUCCCACAAGGCCACCUGCUCUCUCUUCUUGAACUUAGAGCGGGAAAAAUAGCCAGUCUUGCUGCAAGUGAGCUUUCAAAGUGUCAGUCGAACAACCAUGAACUCUCAUUCCACCCAGUUUGUCACCUCAAGAAGGAUGAGUGCCUACGAGCCAAUACACCAGAUGAGCAUGUGGGGAGAAAGCUUUAUGAGUAAUGGUAAUUUGAAUGCCUCAGCAUCUCUGAUCUUGGAUGCAGACACAAAGCUAGAUAACCAGUCAGAGGAUGCCUCUCAGGGAAUCCUGGGGACUUCGAUCAAGUAUGACCAAGAAGCAACCAAACCUACGGACAAGGUGCAAAGGCGUCUUGCCCAAAAUCGAGAGGCUGCUCGUAAAAGCCGGAUGAGAAAAAAGGCUUAUGUUCAGCAGUUAGAAACAAGUCGUUUGAAACUUGUUCAGUUAGAGCAAGAGCUUGACAGAGCGAGACAACAGGGUGUUUAUAUUGGGAGUGGACUGGAUGAUAAUUUUCUGGGAUAUUCUGGCACCAUCAACGCAGGUGUUGCUGCAUUUGAGAUGGAGUAUGGACACUGGGUGGAGGAACAAAAUAGGCAGAUUUCUGAACUGAGGACUGCGUUGCAGGCUCAGAUAAGUGACAUAGAGCUUCGUUUCCUUGUGGAGGGCGGCAUGAGUCACUAUUUUGAACUUUUCAGCAUGAAAUCAAAAGCUGCAAAAGCUGAUGUUUUCUAUAUAAUGUCUGGGAUGUGGAAAACAUCAGCGGAGCGGUUUUUCUCAUGGAUUGGAGGAUUUCGACCUUCAGAGCUUCUUAAGGUUCUACUGCCUCAUUUGUACCCCUUGGCAGAUCAACAACAUAUGGAUGUUAGCAGCCUUAGGCAAUCAUGUCAACAAGCAGAAGAUGCUCUUUCGCAAGGUAUGGAUAAACUACAGCUCACUCUAGCUCUUGCUGUGGCAGCUGAUCCUCCAGGUGAAGGUAUUUAUGUCCCGCAGAUGGCCAUUGCGAUGGAGAAGUUGGAAGCUCUCGUUAGCUUUGUGAACCAGGCUGAUCAUCUUCGGAAGGAGACCUUACAGCAGAUGUUCCGCAUUCUCACAAUCCGCCAGGCAGCUAGAGGCCUUCUUGCAUUGGGAGAGUACUUCCAACGCCUUCGAGCUUUAAGCUCGCUUUGGACAACUCGACCUCGUGAGCCUACCUUAUCUUAGCAUCAAAGAGCAUAGAAAGUUGAGGCCGAUAUCCAAGAAAGAUAAGCACCUGGAGAAUGAUACUUCCAUUGUUCCACGACCAGAGGUAUCGUCUGAUAGUAUUAUUAUGUACACAUGUAGCCAUAAUCAGCAUUUCUGACAUUUUUCCAGCGGCGUCCCAUAUUUUGAGAAGCUCUAAAUAUGAAUAUAGCCAUUUUUGUCUGCAGGAAGUUUGUGUAAGUAACUUGCUUUCUGUUUUCUUUUGUAAAUUAUGUCAUUUUGAGAUAUUAGUUCUCGAGCCUAUAGAUGGAACUGUAUCAUGUAAAUAUUGUUACGAGGGGGGACUUACUGUAUUGAAAUCGGUCACAUAGAAUGGUAAGAUGUGCUUUGAAACUUAUGUC